AUGGCGAGCGACUGGUCAAACGGGGCCAACUCCGACCACGCUCAACAACUUCGAGAAGAUUACAACCUUAUUGAAACUUAUUCCUUAUACCCGACUGAUCGCGCAUAUUUAAAUCCACUCUAUCCGCAUGGCUAUUAUCCUAUCCAGAACAAAGAGCAAGCUCUAAAUGGUUCUAUUUAUCAUCCUCGGUCUCCACCUGUUUCGCAAAGUCAUGUCACUGCCUCGCCGAGUUCUUCGUUCUCCUCGGCACCUUCUGAAAAUCUCCAUACCUUGCAUAUUCCCAAUAAUCAAGCGUUUCCUCGAGUUUACGCCACCUCGGGGUCACCUGGCCGGAUUCAGCAAAUGAAUAGCCUAACCCUUUCGGAUCUACGCCGGUUACCCCACAUAUCGUUUGUGGCCGUUCCUAACGGAAUCAAUCUUCUGAGGCGCCCAGACGGUCAUUUCUACUCUGGAAAUUGCAUCCAAACCCUUCCCAAUCCUCAAAUUUUCACGAGUUCCGCCUCCGUAUCGGUCUCAACAGGCCCUUCGUCUUCACUCCAUUCCCAAGCAUCCAUGUCAAAUGACAAUAUGAGUCAGGGGCUUUACGCAACGGGCUCGGCUCUCCAUCAACAAGACCUGCAAGACGGCAUCUUUCGAUAUGCUGAACCACUCACAAGUGCCGUCCAGUGGGCGCAAGAAAAUUCUGGUUCAAACCCCAAUGUUCUUUCAGACCAUCCAGGCUCACUCACUUGGAACUCUGUUCACAGCCAAGGUUCUGGGAGUUUACUAAAUUCAACCUCUUAUCCAACCUACAGCCUUCAGCAGUCAAAAUUCCCCAACCAAGGACUGUUCCCUCUAAUGAGCGAUACCAAUAGCACAGCUAUAUCUCCGCAGUCCUUUGGUGCCAUCCAGAGUUUAUUUAACCCCAAAGGAUAUGCGCCAAAUACUGCUAGCUGGCAGGAGAAUGGUAGGUUUGGCUCCAGUCUCGAUUACCUACCAAUGCAAGAACCUACCACCCAAUACAACUCUCCAGCUAUAGGUACCAGCCAGGGAAUGCCCACCAGUUCUGGGUUAAACGCAGAGGAUUCAUCAGAAUACCAAGUCUCAUUGAAUUUUAUCAGUAUUCAGAACAUUCCUGCUCAGAACCAAGAUGUUGGGAGUAGCAGCGCUCAAGUCGUCAUAAAUAGUCCAGCUUCAGCAUGCUCAAGCUCCUCCCAAGCCCACGUCCAUGACCAUUCGUUUCAAAGUCCAAUCCCUGAAAUGAGCAACCUGCAUACCAAAACAUUUUCGCCAAACACUUUGGCCGAGCCCAACUCUGGUAGUGUCUCUGGUCAAGGGCCACUAGAGGUCACCUUUGAUGUUGGCAACGGCUUGACCGUUGACAAACACCCCUAUGUAGUCGACCAGCCUCAGGCACGCUCCAGAGCUACCCGGAGAAGGGAUCCAGGUUCACAAUACCCUCGCAAAUCUUCGCGAACUCGCGAGAGCUUUCCCCCUGAAGCCCAACUCUUUCACAACGUCUGUAAGGCCGGUCCCCGCCUGAGCGAGGACGUUUGUCGGACAAUGGUCAAGGACGUCGACGGCCGCAAGAUGUGCAAGCUCUGCGACAAGUUUCUCCCACGUAGAUAUGACCGGAUAGCAGCCCACUUGUCUGUUCAUCUCGGCCAUGCACCUCAUCAAUGCAAAAUUUGUCACAAAUAUUACUCGCGAAUAGAAGAUCAUGGCCGUCAAGACCACGACUUCACCGACGAACAUAGCGGGGUUGUGCGCACCGCACGGAAACCUCGGCUACGCUAG